AUGGACAAGUACGGCGCGACGGCCGCGAGCGGCGAGUGGGAGAAGGACGCCGCGCGGUCGAGCCGGCGGUCCGGCGCGGCGGCGGCGGCGCCGGCGCCCGCCGUGCCCCGGGCGCGCGUCGUCGGCGGGCUCGUGCUGCUCGGCGUCUGCGGCCUGGCGCUCGUCGCCGGGAGCGUGCGGAGUCCCGGUGCGCCCCUCGGGGGCGCGGUCGCGGACUUCGCGGGGACGGGCGGCGGCGGCGAGGACACGGGGAACAAGCAGGACGGCCAGCCCGCGCCCCUCGCCUGCGAGGCCCACCUGCGGUCCGAGAUGGUCUUCAAGGGCGUCGAGGUGACGAACAUGACGUCCAUCCAGAAGUCGCUGCUCGAGACCGUCGCGGAGGACGCGAUCGGGAAAGUGCUCAACGGCAUGACGGGCUUCCAGGCCAUGACGGCCAUCUGGUCCUACCCCGUCGACGGCAAGUGCUGGGUGAAGUUCUACUUCCAGGUCGAGUUCAUCAUCAUCCCGGGCAAGGACGACCAGGACGAGAUCUCGACCGGCGAGGAGCUGACGAACCGCGCGAUGCGGUACCUCGUCAAGCACAUCCAGAACGGGGACAUGGCGGACCAGUGGGUCGACUCGAACACGCAGCUCGGCUCCGAGACCUUCCUCUUCGGCAACAUCACGGACGACGAGCUCUCCGACUACUUCGACGAGGAGAUGUCGAUCUACGCCGUCGACGAGGACACGAAGCUCCUCUGGCUCGAGACCUGCACGCCGCCGUCCCUCGCGCCGGCCGUGACCUACACGCCGUCCAUCUCGCCGGGCCCCGUGGGCACGCCGACGGCGCUCCCGUCGCUCGCGCCGACGACGUGCCCGAGCACGUACGCGCCGUCCGCCGCGCCCGUCGUGCCCUACCCGGCGCCGACGGUCGGGCCCGUGAUCCCGCCGACGCCCCAGCCGACGGACGUGCCGUCCAUCGCGCCGACGAAGUACCACACGCUCUCGCCGAGCAUCAAGCCGACGGAGAGCCACAUGACGUGCGUGCCGUCGCCGUGCCCGGGCCGCAAACUGAACGAGUUCGGCGUCGAGAUCGACGACCCGGACUACGCCGAGGAGGCCGAGGACCAGCUCAGCGACGCCGAGGCCGACGCGCUCGUCGCGGCCUUCGACGCGAAACGGGCCGAGGCGCUCAACGCGGCCGUCUCCGAGAGGUAG